AUGACUGCUCCUGGUCCGAAUGGAGAAUAUCCAGUCUUCUUACAAAGGGCUGGUAAGAUCAUCAUUAAGCCGAUUGUGAGACUCGCUAGGGCUAUUCUGACUUUGGGUUAUGUUUCAGCGGCAUGGAGGGGUGCGACAGUAGCCUUUAUUCCGAAAGCAGGCAGGAUCGUGUAUACUUCACCCAAGGAUUUUCGACCCAUCAGCCUCACAUCUUUCCUACUAAAAACAGUUGAAAGAAUCGUGGAUAGAUAUAUCUGCGAUAAGAUCUUGUCAAGUAGUCCUCUUCACAAGCAAAAACAUGUCUAUGGGGCUGGUCACUCGAUUAAGACGGCCCUAAGCACAGCAGUUAACCUAAUUCAAAGACAAGUGAAGCAGAAAGGCAUCGCGCUUGAAACCUUCAGGGACAUAGAUUGA